AUGGACUCUGCAAAGGUUCCGCUAUCGGCGACUCUUCCGCCGCUGAUAAUGGGUACAGCCACUUUCAACUCCCAGUACAACGAAGACCCCUUCGCUCUCCCCACCACGGACCUGGUCCAUCGCGCGUUCGCCAGCGGAGUUCGCGCCUUUGAUACCUCUCCGUACUACGGUCCUGCCGAGGAACUGCUGGGUCGUGCGCUCGCCACCGACUACGUGCAGUCGAAUUUCCCGCGACACACCUACCACCUGCUCACCAAAGUGGGCCGAAUUGCCUCGGCAUCCUUCGACUACUCCGCGGAAUGGGUGAGGACGAGCGUGGAGCGCAGUCUGGGCCGUCUCCGGACCGAAUAUCUGGACGUGGUCUACUGCCACGAUGUCGAGUUCGUCCCCCCCGCCGCAGUCCUGGAGGCCGUUCGCGAAUUGCGCCGCAUCAGGGACACCGCGGGCACAAUCCGCUACGUGGGGAUCUCGGGCUACCCCGUUGAUGUCCUCUGCGAGCUCGCGGAGAUGAUUCUCCGCGAGACAGGCGAGCCAGUGGACGCGGUCAUGUCCUACGCGAAUUUCACGCUGCAGAACACCCGGCUGCUGACCCGGGGCUUGCCGCGGCUGCUCGCGGCCGGGGUGGACGUGGUCCCGAAUGCCUCGCCGCUGGGGAUGGGCUUGCUCAGGAAGCAGGGCGUGCCGAUUGGGAGCAUGGGCGAUUUCCACCCGGCGCCCGACGGUCUGCGCCGCCGCAUCCACACCGCUGCGGAAUGGGCCGACUCGCAGGGUGAAAAGCUCGAAGUCAUUGCGAUUCGCUUCGCGCUGGAGUCCUGGCUCCGGCAGGGGUCCCGGGCGGGCGCGUUAGGUCCGCCUCUGGCGCGUGGCCCCGAUGCCGACCCGGGGCUUCUGUCCGUGGCGACCAUCGGCACUGGAGAAAGACUCGGGGUCAGUGUUAUGGGCGUGAGCAACGUCGCCGAGCUGAAUGAGACCCUGCGCGUCUGGCACAGUAUUCUCGACGGACUCGAGGUCGAGAACUAUCCCGAUGAUGAACAACCCCCUAUCGAGGAGAAGCAUGCUGCUGCCCCCCCACCGGUCAUUCCCUCCGCCCCGGCUAUUAUCCUGACCCCCUCGGAUGGCAUGAUCACAGAUCAUGUGUGGUCCCAUAACCGACGCAGUCGCAUUGUCUCCCUCGCCCAGCAGAUCCAGUCUAUCCUUGGGCCCGACUGGGUCGAUUACGCCUGGCCGAGCCCAGGCCCCGACUUUGUGAAUACUCUUCCCGCAGAUCGUGUCGCUAAGGACACAGCCAAAGAUACCCAACCCGCUUCUACGACUGAAGACGCUAUGAUUACACCUCCUCUAGAGGCGCUGGACACAAAGAUACCCACCAACACUGUUGUUGUACCCUUGGAUACCCCACUGUGA